AUGCACACGAUUCUCUUGAUGCAACCGACAUCGAAGCUUGAUAGCCGAACGUGGAGUGACUAUGAGACACUUCGAGAGUGCUUGGAAGCAAUCUGCAAGAUCUAUGAGGAAUUUCUUAAAAAGCACAACCCUGGCCAGCCAUCAAUCACCUACGAUGUCUCGAAUCUUUUUGAUUUCAUUGAUAAACUCACCGAUCUCUCGUGCAUGGUGCUUAAUGGUCAAAAGACUUACACUCCACACAACAAAGAGUGGAUCAAAGAGAAAAUUUUCGCCAUGCUCCGAAGUCAAGCCGAGGGUCAA